AAUGCAUGUCUCAGAUCUCGGCCUUAUAGCCGCAGCUAAGCAGAACUAGUGCUGACCUUUAUCAGAGACACUCGUGCGUUUCCGGUAGUCCCUCCGAGACCUCGAAACGUUCCAUCGCGGGGUUCAGCCCUAGCGUGGAACAUUCUUCCAGUGUUCUUUGGGCCUUCCAUGGCUUCCCUUGUGGCUCCUGCUCAGAGACAUACCAGCCAGCCCUGUGCAUGUCGACCGAAAUGCAGCCUCCUUUGUAUGCUUUCAGAUUGACAUUGGCAUUGGGAUGAAUUGACGUGUGGCAGUUCAGCCUCAGCCCUCCAAGUUCAGUUUCGGGGAUGAUGUAACAAACCACGGAUGACUCACCUCAGCCACAUACAUGCCGAAACACCACAUCAACCACAACAGGAGUCCCAACUCGCCAUGAUUGUCUUUUCUUCACCUCCAUUCUGGCGACACGCCCAAGGAGAUUAUUGUCCGCAUUCGACAUAAUGUCCGAAGCGCAGCAGCAAGCGCUCUUUGACAGAGUGAGCGACGCCCUGCGCCGCACCGAGGACGACACGCGCCCGAUCGUGCUCAUGACAUGCGGGCUAGCAGGCUCAGGAAAGUCUACUCUCGCCAAGGCGGUCACCGCCCGCCUGCCAAACUUUACCCGCCUCUCCGUCGACGAGAUCAUCCACUCCAAGCACGGCGUCUACGGGGUCGACUACCCGGCCGACAUGGCGCUGUACCAGGCUUACAUGGACGAGGCGGGCCAGAUCUUUGACGACCUCUUCGCGACGUACCUGCGCGACGAGAGGCGGGACCUGGUGCUCGACCGGAGCUUCUACGCCAAGGAGGACCGGGACGACUUCCGCGCGCGUGUGGAAGCCCUGGUAGGAGGAAGCGGCGGCGGCGGCGGCGGCGGCGGGGCCAGGGUGGUGCUCGUCUUCUUCCGGCCCACGGACAAGGAGGUCUCGUGGCGUCGCAUCGUGGAGAGGAAGAAGGAGAGCAAGACGGCCAACAAUGCGCUCGAGAUUGACCGGCAGCUGUUCGAGAUGUACUGGGCGGGGUUCGAGGACCCGGUGGGCGAGGGGGAGAUUGUCAUUGAUGUGGUCUGA